GCGCACGUUUCGCGUUCUUUUCCAUCCGCGUGGCCGCGAGAUCGCCUGUGUGUCCACAAAGCAGGGUUCCAUUCGGGAGAAAAAUGCCGUCUAAAAGCGUCGUUGAGGUCAAAACCAUGGAAGAAGAGAGUGACACCGCCGCGGAUCUUGAGGCGUUAAAGAUCAAAUCCAAGGAAGCCAAGAAACUAAAGAAGAAGAAGAAGCUUGAGGAACAAGAGGAGCCGGACAGUGAAUGUCUUGUACCAAAAAAGAAAAAGAGAAAAAACAAGCUAGCAGAGGACGAAGUCAAUGGUCACAUAGAUGAAGCAACCGACCUGACCGGCAUUACUGAUCUUACUGAGCCACCAAAAAAGAAAAAGAGAAAAAACAAGCUAGCAGAGGACGAAGUCAAUGGUCACAUAGAUGAAGCAACCGACUUGGCUGGCAUUACUGAUAUUACUGAGCCACCAAAGAAGAAGAAGAAAAAAAAGAGCAAGGAAGCAGUUGAGGAGAAAAUAAUAGGAGUUGUUGAAGCUGAAAUCAAUGAACAUUCCAUGCCAGACACACCUGCUCCAACCCCAAGCCAGACACCAUCUCAAUCCGAUGGGUCAGAGAGUGAAAAGGAAAUAGAGGAAACACCUGAGCAGAAAGCCGGAGCCUUCUCCAACUUCAGAAUCGCUCAUGGCACUAUUCAAAAACUCAACGCUCGAGGAGUCUCCUACCUGUUUGACAUUCAGGUCCAGACAUUUGAUCACAUAUAUGAUGGACAUGAUGUACUUGCCCAAGCGCGCACAGGAACAGGGAAGACUUUCUCCUUUGCUAUUCCACUGGUGGAGAAACUCCAGUCGGAUGGAUUGACACAACCAAGAGGACGUCCCCCCAAGGUGUUGGUCUUGGCUCCCACCAGAGAGUUGGCCGUCCAGGUCGCUAGGGACUUUAAAAACAUUGCCAAGAAAUUGAACAUCUCCUGUUUCUAUGGAGGCGUCCCAUACCCGCCCCAAUUUGAGGCCAUCCGUAACGGGAUUGAUGUUUUGGUGGGAACCCCUGGUCGUAUUAAAGAUCUCUUCGAGAAAAGGAGCCUUGAUCUCACAAAACUGAAGCAUGUGGUUCUUGAUGAAGUAGACCAAAUGCUGGACAUGGGAUUUGCUGAGGCAGUGGAGGAAAUUAUAUCCUCCUCCUAUAAUAAGCAAAAUGACGACCCUAAUCCUCAGACGCUCCUGUUUUCGGCCACCUGCCCCCCAUGGGUCUACGAAGUGGCCAAGAAAUACAUGAGGCCCAAUUGCAAGCGUGUUGACCUGAUUGGAACGAAAACGCAGAGAGCCGCAACAACUGUAAAGCAUCUGGCCAUGGAAUGCCACUGGUCACAGCGUGCCACGGUGAUAGGAGACGUGAUCCAGGUGUACAGCGGCAGCAGCGGGCGGACGAUCAUUUUCUGUGAGACCAAGAGACAGGUCAAUGAGCUUUUCACGAGUACAUCCAUCAAACAGAACACCCAGUGCCUCCAUGGCGACAUUCCCCAACAACAGCGGGAAGUUACGCUGCAAGGCUUCAGGAAGGGGACCUUUGAUGUUUUGGUGGCUACCAAUGUGGCAGCCCGCGGGUUAGACAUCCCUGAAGUUGACCUCGUCAUACAGUGUUCUCCGCCCAAGGAUGUGGAUUCGUAUAUCCAUCGCUCAGGAAGAACGGGCAGAGCUGGAAGAAUGGGAAUAUGCAUUUGUUUCUACGUGCAGCGUGAGGCGUAUCAGCUACGCAACGUGGAACAAUCGGCUGGCAUUACGUUUAAACGAGUCUCUGCUCCCUCUACCAAUGACCUCAUCAAGUCAUCAAGCAAGGAUGUUUCAACGUUCCUGGACUCUGUCUCCACGGCAGCCAUUGAACAUUUCAGAGUUUCUGCUGAGAGGCUGAUAAAGGAGAAAGGAGCAGUGGAAGCGCUGGCCGCGGCCUUGGCACACAUGUCCGGGUUGACGAGUUUGACAAAUAGGUCACUGCUCACCUCCAAACCUGGUCAUACCACCAUGCAGUUGAUAUGCUCUCAGAAAAUGUAUAAUCUUGGUCUUGCCUGGAAUACGCUCAAGGAAAAACUGGGAGAGGAGGUUGAAAAUCACAUCAGUGCAAUGGUCUUCAUUGUAGGCCAAAUGGGCGUUUGUUUCGAUAUUCCAGAUGACAAAGUGAAGGAGUUUGAGGAGGGCUGGGAAGAUGAUAGCUUUUGGCAGCUGACCGUGGCCACGGAGCUCCCCCAGCUGGACAGGGACAGCCGAAGUGAUGGUGGAAGAUCCCAAGGCGGACGUGGCCGGAGUUUUGGGGGAGGUAGAGGAGGCAAUUGGAAGGGAAGAUUCCAAGGGGGACGUAGCCAGAGUUUUGGGGGAAGUGGCGGUCGCGGUGGGUCAGGUAGAAGUGGCGGCUGGAACGGAUCCAAACGUUACUUCAACCAAUCGUUUUGACGACUCAACUGCCAAGCUUUUAGACUCACCGGCUUAGUGUCUCGCCUUUGGGCUGUCUGUUGGCAGUCAGUUAAAAGCCACUUUUACAGUUGAAACUCCUGUUAAUGCUUCAAUGAUGUCAAGAAUUCACAAUCUAUAGUUAAAGCUCAUAUUCAACGUAACAAACAAGGAGGUUCUUGUGAAAAUAAAGGGCAAAGCUAGUUUUUCUGGUGGCUGUUUCCCAGAAUCACUUAUCGGACCAAUGGCAGCCAUUUGUAAGGACUGGCUUGACUCUGACUCUUCAACUGACACGCUGAGUGUUCACUUUAUAAAUCAGUACAUUACUGGAAUACAAAGUGAACGUUAAAGAAGGCAGGAGUGAGUAUGAGUGUUGCGAAACUUUUUGUUUAUCAUUUGGGGAAUAGUGGCAGCACGAGGGUCUUGUGAGGUUGAUUGUUUUUGCCCCCACUCUUUUGUAGAAUGAUUAAGAUUGUCAAACUAUAUAGUGGUGGAGUCUCUUUUGCUGCCUUACCUCCAUGAAACAUUCUCCCCAAAAUAUCGGAUGAUUGUUUUGCAAUUGCCUAAUUUUACUGCCUGCUUGAGUGCUUCUCUUUUUUGAGUGAAAUGUGUUCAUUAAAAAAAGGUCAAUCGAU